GGUUUAAAUAGGAACUUAAAAAAAGCUUUUCAAAAAUAUUUGUAAGAAAUUAUUAAUUAACUGUGUCCUAUUGUACUUAAGAAGUAAGAGCUGAGAACGAACAAUAAUGCCCUUUUUAUUUAGACCCAUAUAUAAACCCAAUUUACUGACAUCAUGUAUUGUAUACACAUAUGUAUGUAUUUAAUUUUGUAAAACUCGUUACCAAAAUUUCAAAAUUCAAGAUCAAGUAAAAAAAAAAUUAUAUUAUGUCAAAAAUUUCUUUAACUUCAUCAUCUGAAAAACAAAAAAGUCAACGUUCCAACUCUCAAAAUGAACAAAAUAUAAACAUGGGUCUAACAUACGCACUUGGUCCAUUUCCUGAUGAACCUCUUCUUUCAAUUAUUGACAAAACUCUUCUUCUAUCAUCAAGAUUUAGAAGAAAUUCAACUUACACAAAACCUUUGAGUUUGUCAUUUGAGAUAGAUCGUCCUAAGCCAAGCCUUACAAAACUAAAAAAUCGUUCAACAUCCUGUCCCAAUUUGGAAAUUCUUCCAUGUAAACCAAUUUUGAAGGAAACAAUUAAUUCUCCUUCUAAAUGUUCAAGUUAUAGUCAUAUAGGAAAACAAUCCUUGGACACCAGUCAGACUGACUCAGUAAAAAAAUGCCUCAGGUCAAGUAAUCUCAUCAAUAACAUACUAAAACAAUGUCCAGUGUCGGUGAGCAAUCACAGUUUAAAAAGAACGAGGGUCGAUACUCAAAAUGGUAUCAAAAGUUACGAAAUAUGGUGUGGAGAUGUUUGUAAUGAUUCACCAUCAAUGGUUUUUAUUCUCUCUCCGAGAGGAGAUGUUAUCCCUUUUGAGUAUUUAAACAAAGAAUAAAAUUUUACAUAAGGAUUUUUUAAAA